AUACGACUCGAGUAGCGACACGGGUCCAAAGUGCAAACAUGGACGCGGCCAUGUUUUACACGUCAUUUUAGUCUGGUUGUUCCAUGAUAAAUGUUGCAAUUACCAACUCCCAGUUGAGUUAAACGUAUCAUUGCGGAAGUGGGAAGUCGGAAUUCAAGUCAUUUUUGACCCAAUGCACGAAUCGCCCAUGUUUUGUUAGCAACGAGCUAGGCAGAGGGUAGUUCUAUUUUAUGCUUUUUUGACGAGUCACCUCGAGGCUGAGGAGUCCAUCCCGUGUUCUCGAGGAUUGUUUUCAUAUUUUUCUUUUGGAAGAGGGGGCAGUUGCUUCGCACACACUUGUGAACGUCAAGACAGGACAUAUUUUAGACAGUCUAAGCACUAGAAUUAUUACCGUCAACGAUACACGUUCUCAAGCAUCGUCAUGGAAUGAGUCAGUGACCAUUUGAAAGAGGAGUUAUCGAAGUUGAUUGCUUCCACAUUAUCCAAACCUUGUCUGUGGUUGGAAAUGUAUCCAAACUUCCACAACCCAUUUGCAAAUGACAAUGAAGAGCAUGCUACAACAGCAGCAAAAAGCUUUAACUAUGAUAAAGAUGAUAAAGAUGAAAGCACAAUGAACCCAGAAGAUCGACACCAGAGGCACCUGGAACAAGAGGUGAUGCGUACAGCUCAGUCUGCCAUGGAGAGUAGCAGUCGCUCCCUUUCCCUCAUCUAUGAUUCAGAGAAAAUUGGGAGAGAGACAGCAGAGGAGUUGAUUUGUCAGGGUGAGGCCUUGAAGAGGACAGAAAAAAUGGUGGAUAAUAUGACACAGAACAUGAAGACAAGUCAAAAGAACAUAAACUCUAUUAAGAGUGUAUGGGGAGGUUUGGUUAACUACUUCAAAGGAAAUUCUGAAACAAGGUCUCCACAGAAGGAACAGCUACCAGUCUAUGAGGCCAGCAGCAGAUUACAGACUGCCCUGGCAGAUAGCAGGGAGCAUGAAGAUAAAUAUGAAGCCAUCCAUCCCAGCCUCAGGAAACUGGACCCAAUUGGAUUUAGAGCUUCAUUUGAUAAUGGAUCAUCUCAAAAUGGUCACUCAAAGAAUAGACACUUGAAAGCUGCUCAUCAGCAUCUGGACAAUAACUUAGAUGAGAUGUCUAAGGGGCUGAGUCGACUGAAGAAUUUGGGCCUGGGGUUGCAGUCAGAGAUCGAUGAUCAUGAUGUCUUGCUGGACACACUGCAAAAUAAAGUGGAUUCUAUGGAAAGCAAGAUAAGCUCCUCUAACCGCCAGCUAAAAAAUCUGAAAUGAAAUUACAACAUUAAUUCCAUAUUUCACUAAAGAGCUUUUAUCUUAUCUUUUAGCUAAAUUACAAACAUUUAACAUAGUCUGUGCUUAUUUUCUAAGCAGGUGUAAGGAGCAAGAACAUGUUUCAGUAAAAGAAUACCUAUUUUAAACUGUAAUGUUACAUAAUCUUUCUUUAUAUCAUGACUUUAUAUUUUAGGUUCAUGGUUUAUAGGAAUAUUUUUCAGUAUGAUUACUGCCUUCCAAACAAGAAAUUCGACACAUUUCUCAGUAAAGAGAAAUGAAAUUUUGCUUACUUGAUGUUUAAGUCUGAACAUUGUUGUCGGGGACAUUUAAUAAAAUUUGUGCAACAUGCAUAA